GAUGUUGUUACGCCGAUUAAAGGUAGUGACCCUCGGGUAUCCACCGAACGCUCUGCGCCUGAGGCAUGGGACCGUAGGACUUACACAGCAUGACAGUGUGACAGCGGCUGGAAAAUAGUAGAAACUAGUGGACGGAAAGCGUGUCCAAGCUGCUGCGAAGUGUCAACCGAUCGUGGAAGCGUUGAGAUUUGGAUUCUCUCUGGGAGAAGGAUCGGGCUCAGGAGCGUCUGCGGGCGACGGUGCUUGGGGUGGAACUCCGAGAUGCGAAAAAGGGAUGAUGUGAAAGGUGACAAUCGGUGCAGGCUAUGUAGUGUUGAUGCUGGCGGUCGGUCGGUCGUCUGUUUCGGCAGCCCUCUUUUUCUCAAGCCCCUGGCAUCGAAGGCAAACAUUAAUUUACAGUCGUGUUCGGCAUGAGAGAACUGCUGGGGUGGUAAGAGAAUGUGCAGGUAGGGAGGGAGCGAGGAAAAGAGGACUCCAGAAGACUGGACCGCGGCUCGAGAGGAGACGGUUCGAACUUAGAAGUCGUGUCACUCUUGGUGGUGGUUUUUUUUCGGAGAAUUUUGUGCACCCUUGAAUACGUCGGAAGGGAGCCGAUCGAGCUCUCAUUCGGUGGCCAGGUGCCCCCUCUGGCGAGUGCAUAUGCACCAGGAGGGGGCUGUUCGAAAUGGAAUGGGCUCCAACGCAGCCAAUGUCUCAUUUGCAUCGCUAGCAAGCUUCAAAGACAAAGCAGGAAUGAAAGGGCAGCGGUCUACUCUCCAGCGAUGGCGAUUCGCCUGCGGUAAUAUGUCAUAUCGGGUGAAACUGCUGACUGGGUGUGUCGUGGUUCUCCUAGCGUUGUAUUGUACCAGCCGUGCUGCUUCAAUCAUUGGAUGGGACGAUCAAUACCCAGAAGUUCGGUCUGGUUCACCAAGCAGGCAUCGCUACACAGUUCUUAUCAACACCUGGAAACGCUAUGAGUUGCUAAAAAAGACAGUGGCACACUACUCAUCAUGUAGCAAUGUAGAUGCUGUGAACGUCAUAUGGAGUGAGCCACAACCGCCGACAAAGGAACUGCACUCCAAAUUGACUGAAGUAACGGAACGAAAUCAAGUUGAGGUCCGGUUUAACAUCAAUAAGGUUGACGAGUUGAACAAUAGGUUCAAACCUAUAGCUGGCAUCCGAACGGAUGCUGUUUUUUCAGUUGAUGACGAUCUGGUGAUUCCAUGUCCCACCAUGGACCUUGCCUUCAGUGUGUGGCUGAGCGCUCCGAGAAGUAUGGUUGGGUUUGUGCCACGGAUGCACUGGCCUAAGCAAUCGGAUGCGCAGAAGCAUGGACGCGAGGAGUACACUUAUGGAGGUUGGUGGUCAGUAUGGUGGACUGGAACUUAUAGCAUGAUAUUAACAAAGGCUUCCUUUCUUCAUAAGGACUAUCUUGACCUGUACACCAAUACCAUGCCUUCAUCAAUUUUAAACUUCGUGAAGCAUGAAAGAAAUUGCGAGGACAUUGCAAUGUCUUUCUUGGUUGCAAAUGUAACCAAUGCGUCCCCUCUUUGGGUCAAAGGUGAGGUCCAUGAAAUUGGAUCUACAGGCAUUAGUAGCCUGAGCGGGCACACACAGCACCGAACGGAUUGUAUGAAUUACUUUGUAGAAAUUUUUGGUCACAUGCCUUUAGUCAGCACCCGUGUUAAAGCUACAGAUGCAUCUGAAAUUUGGUUCUGGUGAUGCUGUUUAUGUGCAUUUCUCCACUGGAAUAUAUAUAUGGUUGCAUCUCUUUGUUCAAAGGCGAGAAUGUGAUCUCUGUCACCGAGACUCUUGCUAUCGUUUGAACAUCACUCGCAGAGCUUAACUGACUUUCCUUCCAUGUCUCCUCUUUAUUCCCGACAUCCUUCUUCUGAAUCUUAAUUUGAAACUUAAUUUUCAUUUAGAGCCAUGAUUAUGUAAUUUGACUUCUGUGAUUUUGAAGGGCUUGAUCUCCCUUAUUCCA